CCUGUUCCAGACCCGCCUCCUUGGAGCGCCACGCCCGGGUUCAGGUGAGCCUCGCGGCUAGCUCGCUGCUCCCGUCUCCCCUGGAGCCUUGCCGGUCCCGCUGAGAGCAUGGAGCCGGUGUACCGGGGCCUGGGCCGCUGCGCGUGCUGCUUCUGGCUCGCGGUGGCCUUUGACAUCGUGGGGCUGCUCGUGCUGCUCAUCGGGGUUUUUGUGAACGUGUUUUUCUACGACUUGCUCAUCUACGCGGGGGCCAUCGUGGUCUUCCUCAGUCUCAUCUGGUGGGUCUUCUGGUACUCUGGGAACAUCGAGGUCCCCCCGGCGGAUCUGGAGGAUGACGUAGGGCUGCUGAAGAAGAACCGGCCCGGUCUGAGCGGGAUCGGCGGGGCAGUCAGGCGCCUGUCCGGCCGCCUGGCCAACGGCAUCGCCAGCUCCUUCCGCCGGAACGGAGGACCCCCCCGGACCGGGACCAGCCGGGCGCAGAGGUCAGCAGCUGGUCCAGAGGUGUCUCCGCGGACUGAACAGGUAGUUGUUGCUAUGGCAACGGUGACCCCGAAGGAAAAGGCGGCCCACUCCACAGCAGGCCCAGAGGUCACCUGGGUCGGAGAGAUGCCCCCAACCACCAUGGAGACCUCAUCUACAUAACAGACAGUUGGGUUCCUGUCGGCGUUCGACUGAGACGGAUCUCACCGGCAGUCCUGAUCCAUCUCCGUUUACCCAGCAGCCUCGUCUUUAAAUCCUAAAUUUUUCACCGACCUCUACAAAGGCUUAAUUUGACACACUGACCUGAGAAUGUAUCUGUUUGUAACUCAUAAUAUCUCAUUUUAAACGAGUUGCAUAAGUCCUAUGUGAUACGAAGUUCUUUGCACUAAUUCCCUCUCACAGAAAGUGAUUUCAGCAGUUUUAUUCUUGAGUUUCAGUACCUUCCAGAAUGAUGUUGCUGGCCACACCCACCCUCUGAAUGGCUACUAUGAGGGGAGAAGCUUGGAUAUUUGGGAGGGGCUUGGAGUAGAUUUGCUGCCCCUCCAUCUCCAUAGUUGAAGUUUCCUUAAGCCCCAGCAGAUGGUGGUGGUGGGGUGUGGGUUCUAUGCUGAGUUUUCUUGUUGUGAUGUCACAAUAUGGGGCAUUUUCAAACGGCUGGUAGAAGCAAAUGAAUCCUGAACAGAAAAUGGACGGGUGUUUGGUUCCCCGUUUGGUGUGCUUAUAAAGGCAGCAGAGACCCACAUAGCAGUGCAAAGGAAUGUUUUUAGAUAAAUAAUGUUCGCUUUAACUUCUGACUGGAUCCGGUGAGUUAAAGAUGAUGAUCUGCAGUUAAGGAGAGUUAUUGGUUUUAUCUAAAAUAAUGAUUUUUGACAUUUAGAAACACAGACUUUGGUUCUUAGUAAUUCUGUAAUGUCCAGGUGGCCUCAUGUCCUGGGCAGAUGAAAUUAUUACAUCAGUCUUGUUUUGAUGGAUUUAUUUAAAAUCCUUUAAGUGUGAUUUUUACUGCCUUAAUUGGACCUGUUUUUAAAGAUAAUUUAUUCUUUGUUGUCAGUUUCCAAAUAAAUGAGUUUUAAAGGUUUUGUUCACAGGAAAACCGUGUCUACUUGUUCUUUUUCAAUUGUAAUUUAAUAUUUGAUGUUGAGUUUUUAAUUUGUCUGAUUAAAUAAGAUUAAUUUAA